AUGCCCGAGCAUCUCGCACCAAACGCUCUCUUCGGCCACGAUACAGAAGACAAGGAUGAACUCCGAACCCUCAGCCGCUCUCCCCACCCCUACCAUCACCUCAACACUGAGCUUCCUCAUCCUGCCCAUCGCAUAGUAUAUCGACCUUCCAAUCCGACCUCCACACCGCCCAAGGAUUCCUCCGCAGAGUCGAGUCGAACCCCGUCUCCCUUCCCUUCCUUCACCAAGGACUCGUCCCAGGGAAGCGACAGCGGCACAGAAGCCGACGAUGAGCACUUCCUCAAGGGUCUCCCCGCCCCCAAGGUCCGUCUACACAAGGGGCUGAGGGGUCGCAACGAGAUCAUAUCUGGCGCAUCAACGCCGCUGUUUUCCCCAGAGAACCAGGAGGACGACGAUGCAGCAAAGCGACAGACACAAAGGGCAGAGAAACUUAGGUUCUGGGAGGAUCGCAACUACCGCCGAACCAAGGAGCUUAUCCGACGAGUAUCCGAGUUCAUCAUUGUGGGCUCACUCUUCGCCGUCGUUCGCGCCAAUCCGAAGGUCAAACCUAUCCUCUCCGCCUGGAGCCAAGAUCUGCGCUUCCUUGCUACAUUAGUCACAUCGCUCAUGCUUCUCUACCCUAUCCGACUUGUCGCAUGGUCGAUCCGACACAAGACCUCAUCCAGCAAGUCACCAAUCGCAGUUCCGACAAUCUUCGACCCUGCGCCUAUCCUCUACCCGCCUUCGAUCACACUCCUAGUGUCCCUUUUAAUUUCCCCUGAUAACGAAGCAGUGAUUCUUCCAAACAUCAUUCUCGGCAUCUCUUCGAUACCCAAGUAUUUAAUUCCUACGGCACGAGCUCACGAAGCGAUCAACCCACUUCAAUGGGUUCUGUCAUGCGGGCCAUUAUGGCUGGCGCGACAUUCCAUAGUCACUGCGGAAGGAGCGAGACCAAGCGUCCCCCUCGAGACCGCUCUUCUUCUUUACCCCUUGCAUCAGACCUUGCUCACUGUGUUACACUAUCUCACGACGACCAGUUUGCUCACAGCUGAACUACAGCUGCUUUCGAUUGCCUUGAUCAAUGUUCUCCUGCUUGCUCACUCGCCUCAAGCCACGAUUCUUCAAGCGCUGCUCUGGGGCGGUGGUGUCGGCGUACUCGUCGUUUGCGGACCUGUGGUUCGAUGGGGAAUCGCCUUGGCUAGGGUUCCAAGGUUGCGCUUCAGGCGCGUGAUUUCCCCGUCGAAGAAACAGUCCUUCUUUGGAUUUCUCUCUGAGGGGCUCUCGAUGAGGCGUUUCAAGCAUGAGCUUCUGGGCUCCUCGUUGGAAGAGACGGCGUCAGAAGCCGGAGACUCCGAAGACGAAAUCGACGGGCCUUUCUCGAAACCACUCAGGGUCAGAACCUUUGGUGUGGCCGACAUGCCAUCGCAGACGGACCGGAAAGCCGAUGGCUUGCAUUCCGACAACUCCCCGGACUCGCCUGAUGGCUCCGCGAUUAGCCGCAGGAAUACGUUCCCUCACGUGUUGCAGCGACCACGCCCACGAAGGUCCCUGACGCAUACGUCUGCUGGUCGCAGAAAGCGUACCGCCUCGACCACAGUCCGCCAGUUCUUCAAGCUCACGGAGGCUCAGGCGACCAUGAGAAAGUGGACAUACGCUGCCUACGUCUAUGCCAGCAUUGUCUCCAUCAUUCUGGUACCUGUGCGAGAAUAUAUCGGCAGGUUUGCCCUUCAAGGCAAUGAGCCUGUGGGUUGGGCCUUGGGAUACCUGCUUGGCGAGCUUCCGUGGUUCAGGUUCCAGGUGGUGAGCGCAAACCUGGAAAGAUGGAUUUGUUUGCCUACGCGACUGGAUGAGGAAGAAAAGGCAGCUUGUCACGAGGGCUGGGUUCAGCACGUUCGAUUCUCUGACUUUGGAGAAGCCAACACUCGACUUCUCAUGAGCGCUUACUGGUUGAUGAUCGUAAUCAUCGGCUUGACGAUUGUCACACGCCUGGAUCCCAAGUACGAGGUCGACACGCGGCGCAAAGUCUUCCAUUUCAUGAUGGUGGGGAUGUUUCUCCCGGCCACCUUCGUCGACCCUGUCUACGCUGCCCUUGCGUUGAUCUUGGUUCUGGCCAUCUUCCUCAUUCUCGAUUUGCUCCGGGCAAGCCAGCUUCCGCCCCUGUCGAGGCCAAUCGCAUCUUUCCUGACUCCCUACGUCGACGGCAGGGACCACAAGGGUCCCGUUGUCAUCUCCCACAUCUUUCUCCUCAUCGGCUGUGCCAUCCCCCUCUGGCUGUCUUUAGCUACCCUUCCCCGUAGCGGCAGUGGCCACUUGGCUGGCUGGGAAGUGCCGACGCGCGAGGUGAGCAUGGUGGCAGGAGUCAUCUGCGUCGGCCUGGGCGAUGCAGCAGCAUCCCUCAUCGGUCGCCGUUUUGGCCAUAGAAAGUGGGUUUGGGGUGGUGGAAAGAGUCUAGAGGGCAGUGUUGCCUUUGCGGUGGCAGUUUUCCUUGGUCUCAUGGCCGCUACUACCUGGCUGAGAAUCGGAGGCUGGCCUGUUGCUCCUGAGCAGCAAGUUGCCUGGCCAUCCUCAGUGCGCAACGCGGGCUUCUGUGCAAGCAUGGCGAGCCUGACUGAGGCAGUCCUCACGGGAGGAAACGAUAAUGUCAUCGUGCCGGUGGUCCUCUGGACAUGUGUCAAAAGCAUUGGGGUGUAA